AUGAAGAGCGAGGAGCGUUCCGGCAAUGCGGCGAAUGAGGGCCAAGGUGCAAUAUCUCAGCUAGGUAGUGACGGUAACAGCGAGCUCGAAGACAGUGUGUAUCCCAGUAGCCGGCUACGAGAUGGUGAAUGCGGGCGACUGGAAGGUGUGAGGAUGUAUUGUAGCGGAGACGUGGUCGAAACAAAUGGCGAUGCUGCGUUGCGAGAAAGACAAGAGACGAUGCUAUGGCGUAAUUACGAUGCGAGUGAGGACGAAGAGAAAAGGAAGCGAGGAGUACGCCGCGAGACAGCAAGACAAUGCUAG